ACUUUAGAGUCCGCUCCUCAGCUCAGACCAUUCAAACGUCGGAAGGCAAUCAAGAUCCCCAUUUCACACUGUAGCGCGAGAUUGAGAAACUCCCCGGCGAAGAAGAACAAGAACAAAGAUGGGAUUUCUGUGCAAGCUUGUGGAUGCGUCAUUGUUGCUAGUCUUCUCGGUGAUCGCAUUGGCGGCGCCGUUGAUUGAUUCGCAGACUUUCUUGCCGCAGAGCGUCUUCCCGGAACUAGUCGUCGAUCUCAAGAAAUAUUACAUCCGCCACUACGACGAUUAUCUGUUGGAUGAAAUGCCCAAUUUCUUCGUUGGCUUGAUUUGGGUCGAGCUUCUCUUUCAGUGGCCUCUCGCCGUCCUCAAUAUCUACGGGAUUUUGGCAUACAAACCCUGGUUCAAGACUACUUGUCUCAUAUAUGGCGUCUCUGUUCUCACGUCCAUGGCCGCCAUACUAGGAGAGCUGAUUGGAUCGCAGAAAGCAUCGGAUAAACUGAUGAUGAUGUAUUGUCCAUUCAUGGGAUUUGGUAUUUUAGCCAUGCUACGAGGAUUGGUUCCCUGCACUAAUACUUCUGGAUCAAUGGGCAAGAAACCUGCAUCUGCAACAGCUAGGAAAAAGAGGGCUUGAUAAAGAAAUCAACCACUUUGAAUUUUAUGAUUCUUUCUUGUGCCAUUUAGGAUAAUCUCAAUUUUAAUAAUGAGUUAUUUUUCAGUUUUGAUGAUGCUAUUGGUUUCUUUUGAACACUUCAGUUUAGAUGAUGUUGAUAUUGCCGUUUCUAAGUUUUGUCACCUUUAAUCAUGAAGACAUGUUUGCAUUAUUUUA